AUGGCUUUUGAAGCUGUUCCAAAGAAAAUAGAUGUUCAAUGGUUAGCCAAUUGGAGUUUAUAUCUUGAACUUUGUUUAAAUAAUUAUCAGUGUUCAGGUAGUUGUUAUCAAGACUUUUUAAUAGCAGCUAAAUCACAUAGUUCUUAUUUGAUUCAGCAGCUUGUUGCAUAUUUGUUGUUACAACAGAUAAUUGCUCAAACAUUUAAAGAAAUAACCACUAAAAUUGAACAAAAUAAACUUUCAGCAGACU